AUACGAACUCGCUCAGCAGCUGCAGCAGCAGCAGCAGGCUGCCUCAGGGGAUGACAGCACUGUGGACCAGCAGGGUCUCCAGGUGUCUGCACCCAUGCCAGUGGAGAUGGAGAGCACCGAGCUGCAGCCGGCAGCCGAGCCAGUCACCGCCGACCCCGAGGCCAUGCUGGACCUGGGCCCUCAACACGUGGUGGGCACAGAAGAUGGAGGCCUCCCGCAGCCGCUGGCAGACCAGCCUUUGGAGGCUGAUGAAGAUGGGUUUGCAGCCCCCCAGGACCCUCUCCCAGGACACAUGGACCAGUUUGAAGAGCAGACUCCUCCACAACAGCCCUUUGAGUCAGCAGGGCUACCACAAGGCUUCCCAGUGACUGACACAUACAAUCAACAGACUCCGUUUCCACCUGUGCAACAACUGCAGGAUUCCAGCACACUCGAGUCCCAGGCCCUGUCUACAACUUUCCACCAGCAGAACCUAUUGCAGGUUUCCAGCUCGGACACCAUCAAUGUG